AUGGAGACCAAGGCGGAUUUAUCCGGAAAUGAGAGCGAUGCUACGGUCGUUCUUGAGUACACUGAUGGAAACGACGAAGGUGGCAGCUCUAGCCUACAAGUGGAACCCACACAGCAGGACGAUGGAAUUGGGAUGGUUGCUCAAAAUCGAAGGGAGCCGGCACCUCCAAAAGCAACAUUUAAAAGUGUCGGGUUUUACAACACAUUGGGUGAGGCGGAAGGUGCUCUUCACGGCUUUAAUCGCUUUGUCUACACGUAUAGAACAAGGUAUUCCUCCCCUUUUGUGUUUGGUAAAGUGUAUCAAUGUCAAUCACAUAUUGGUUGUGGUCAUCGCUUGAAGCUAUCAACCCAUCGAGCCAAUAAACGUCUUUUCAGUAUCAGCUUUUGCAACGUGGCCAUCACUCUGGCGCAACUAUUCAACUUCCAGCACGAGGAAUUUCUCCCGCUUUAA